GUUCGAUUAAAUGUACCGUCGGUCUUUUUAUAAACUACAAAAUAAAUUUCUCCAGUUAUAAAAGGUCAAAAAGAGUACUCAAUAUUACUACUACAAUUUUUCGCACUGUUUGCGGUUGUGGUACAAAGAAAACCACCUUAGAGAUUCCAUUGAAAGAGUAAAAGGUUCAUUAAGAAGGAUUACGACUGCACUUUUUAAAGGAUUGUGCCAGUAUCUCAGUAAUGAAUCAAGCAAAAAUCAAGCGCAGAGUUGGUAAAUAUGAAAUGGGAAGGACAAUUGGUGAGGGAACAUUUGCUAAAGUUAAGUUUGCAAGGAAUUCAGAGACAGGUGAUCCUGUAGCAAUCAAGAUUCUUGAUAAGGAUAAGGUCCUUAAGCACAAAAUGGCUGAGCAGAUAAAGCGGGAGAUAGCUACAAUGAAGUUAAUCAGACAUCCACAUGUCGUUCAGUUAUACGAGGUGUUGGCUAGCAAGACAAAGAUAUUCAUUGUUCUGGAGUUCGUAACAGGUGGAGAGCUCUUUGACAAAAUUGUAAAUCAUGGACGGAUGCAGGAAAAAGAAGCAAGGAAAUAUUUCCAUCAGCUUAUUAAUGCUGUUGAUUAUUGUCAUAGCAGGGGAGUCUACCAUAGAGAUCUAAAGCCUGAGAAUUUACUGUUGCAUGCCUCUGGACACCUCAAGGUUUCUGAUUUUGGAUUGAGUGCUCUGUCCCAGCAAGUCAGGGAUGAUGGCUUACUCCAUACCACAUGUGGAACUCCUAACUAUGUUGCUCCUGAGGUACUCAAUGAUCAUGGAUAUGACGGUACAACAGCGGACCUGUGGUCAUGUGGAGUCAUACUCUUUGUAUUGCUUGCAGGUUACUUGCCUUUUGAUGACUCUAAUCUUAUGAACCUGUAUAAAAAAAUCUCUUCUGCUGAAUUUAGUUGUCCACCUUGGAUGUCUUUUGGCGCUAUGAAGUUAAUUACUCGCAUCUUGGAUCCAAACCCUAUGACACGUAUUACCGUUGCAGAAAUUCUGGAGGACGAAUGGUUCAAGAAAGAUUAUAAACCUCCUGUUUUUAAUGAGAAAGAAGAUGCCAACCUGGAUGAUGUUGAAGCUGUCUUCAAGGAUUCUGAAGAAUAUCAUGUAACAGAGAAAAAGGAAGAGCAGCCAACACCCAUGAACGCAUUCGAGUUGAUUUCAAUGUCAAAAGGACUCAACCUUGGGAAUCUCUUCGAGGAACAGCAGGGAUUUAAGAGAGAAACAAGGUUCACAUCUAAAUGCUCGGCCAAUGAAAUAAUCAGUAAGAUUGAAGAAGCUGCAAAGCCCCUCGGUUUUGAUGUUCACAAAAAAAACUACAAGAUGAGACUUGAAAAUGUUAAAGCUGGAAGAAAAGGAAACCUUAAUGUUGCCACUGAGGUAUUUCAAGUUGCCCCUUCUCUUCAUAUGGUUGAAGUGCGAAAGGCAAAAGGAGAUACUUUGGAAUUCCACAAGGUUUUGAUAGGCAAAGUCUUGCACGGUCACAAGCUGAUUACUCGUGAUUGAGCAACCUAAUCCUGGAGUUACUGUUUGACACAAGAUAGCAACAAAGAUAAGAGGUUAUAUGCAUGUUUUAAGAUUAGGGAGAAAAGUCACUCCUUGGAAAUGAACGUAACAUUGUUAUCCUUUGUCCCAGAUAAAAGAAGAGUACAGAUAUGUUUAGAAAACAAUCAAGAACCAUGGGAAAAUCGGAGGAGGGGAAGGAAGGACUAUCUUAAAGACACAUGGAAGAACUAAUGGAUGUUUAGCUAAAUAAAAAGAUCAUGCUUGUAUCAUUAGUCAUUACAAUCUAUAUACUUAUUUUCUACUUCAUAAUUUCCAGAAGGCAUAGGUUUUUGCUGUGUAUUACAUAACCGGAAAUUCAUCAGUGCCUUGUUGAUUUUUGAA